GUGGCCUUCCACGACCGCGAGUUGUCGGCGGAGCCUGCAACGAUAAGCCAAGCUUUGCCUACAACUUGCCGAGCAUGGAAGAUGGCAGCAUCCAGCGUGUGAUCAAGGCGAUGACGCCACUGGUCCCACGGAACUACGUGAUCAUGGAGGUCAAGUCCAACCUGGUCAAGGAGGAGCGCAUGGAGAUCCUUCAGCGCUACAACAGCCCCCACUUCAAGAAGACAGCCCUUGUGGUCAUGGGUGAGCCAAGCGAGGAGUUCAAGCAGAAGACGUGGAACCGCAUUCUGGCAGAGAAGCAGUCGAAGGUGGAUGCAGAAUGGAAAGCGAAGAAAGCAGCCAGCCAGCGAGCACGUGAGCUCCAGGAGCUGAGGAAGAAAGCCGAGGAGCAGAGGAGGAAGAAGCUGGAAGAAGCCCGAAAGAAGGAAGAAGAGGCCAAGAAGGCAGAGGGCGGUGAAGAUGCAACUAUGGAAGCCAAAGACGAGGAGGUUAAAGAAGAAAAGCUGGAUGUCAAGGAGGAGGAGGAGAAGGAAGAUGAUGGGCUGGGAGACGAGCCCCCAAAGGCGGAGUUGACCGACGAGGAGAAGAAGAAGUACUUCCGCAACAGGCAGGGUAUUCCGGACUUGGCCCCCACCACGCUGCGGAAGUUCCUGCAGCAGUUCUCCCUCCCGGAGAAGUCGGAGGGCUGGGAUGACAUCAAGUUUGCCUGGGACCAAGCCCAUUCCAGCCGAGACUAUCUGCGGAAGUGGAUUGUCGAGGCCAAGCGCACGACCCUGAUCGAAGAUCCGCAGCCAUCGCAGACUUUCACCACGAAGCACUUGGCUUGGCAGAAGCAGCACAUGGACUUCCAGUCGAAGCAGAAUCUCUGGAAGGCGAAGCCCAAGAAGGACGAGGACGCUGCAUCCAUUGCGGCCAAAGCCAACCUCGAUAUCUUCGCAGUGGAGGAUGUGAAUGACAUCGGCGAUGGCGAACCUUUGUAUGCCCACUUCGAGCCUGUCGACUGGGCUUUGCUAUUCGUCCU